AUGCGAAACAACGUGCUGAACAGUAAGCACCCCAACAACAACAACACGAUGGAGUCGUUCUACGAGGACAAUAAUGCCCAGUUCGUACCGUCCACCACGAACGGUGUGACGACGGGCAACGGCAAUGGGUUGAAGCGGCCUGCAACGCUCGAGCUAAACCUUGCACCCGGGAAGGCGCGUAAAACCCGCUACAAUGCAUCGGUCACCAUGCCUUCGGUGCUGCCAUCGCCGGAUAUGCAGAUGCUAAAGCUGGUAUCACCGGAGCUGGAGAAAAUCAUUAGCACCAAUGCGACUUUGCCCACGCCGACCCCCAGUGCCAUUAUCUUUCCACCGUCGGCAACCUCCGAGCAGCAGCAGUUCGCCAAGGGCUUCGAAGAUGCGCUGUUGUCCAUCCACAAGAAGGACACGCAGGAACAGUUUGCCAAGGGUUUCGAGGAUGCGCUGCAGUCCAUCCACAAGAAGGACACGACCAGCAAGCUUAACACGAACAACAACAAUAACAGCAGUACUAGCAAUAACAACAAUAGUCACGCACCGGUGGAACGGCUUUGUCCAACGGCCCCCACAACGACCGUUGUAACGGGUGGAACGGUAAACAAUCUCGCUAGUACGGUGUUAUCUUCCGGUCACAAUAAUGGCAUGAGCGGUGGAGAAAUAACGUACACCAAUUUGGAUUAUCCGGGAGUUGUGAAGGAGGAACCACAGGCCACCUCCAGCAACCAAUCGCCCCCCGUUAGUCCGAUCGAUAUGGAAUCCCAGGAACGUAUCAAGCUGGAACGGAAACGGUUGCGAAACCGGGUGGCCGCCUCCAAGUGCCGGCGGCGAAAGCUGGAACGCAUCUCCAAGCUGGAGGAUCGCGUAAAGGAACUGAAGGCCCAAAAUUCCGAACUGGGCGGCGUGGUGUGCAGUCUGAAGCAGCACAUAUUCCAGCUGAAGCAGCAAGUGAUCGAACAUCACAAUUCCGGCUGUACGAUCACGUUGGUGGGCAAGUUCUGA